AUGUCUGCGAGACCGUGUGAGGAGACCUCUAGAAUAAAACCUCAUCGUUUCUGGAACGCGUUAGGACCGUUUCCCAGGUCAGUGUGGAUUCAUCCCUGCACACCAGAGGACAGCCUGGACAGAGCCUGCGGGAGAGUGCUGAAGCGCUCUGUUCUGGCCAGCGAGGGCGUUUGGCCGCAUUUACCAGAAAAUGCGCAUUUGUUUGCGGAAGACGGCGCUAUCCGGAGCCGCAGAGGACAUUACGGCAGUCUAUCCAGUCAGAGCAUGGGUCAUCAAAAGUUAGACAAGGUCAUGUUAAUGACUCAGCAUAACAUGACCCAGACUCUUCUGCAGGGGCAUGUUGAUGCCACGUGCCCAUGUUUGCCUGAUGAUAGAUGCAGACAUGGUCAUGAACCUGACAAGACCAUGGAGAUCAUAAGCCAGGAGCAGGCUGACGGAAAUAAAACCGAGGAGUUUCUUGAAGAAAUUCUACCUAAACAGGCCACACGGAAAGCAGACAUCCCUGAGGGGCCCUCAGACAAAGACUUUCCUCCACUUCCACCUCCUGCUUCACCGCGGGUGGACAGGCCACCACAGCAAGCAGCCAUCUGUAAAAGUGGCUCCUAUAAAGCAACUCUCUUAAAAGGAAAACCAAACAUCCAAUCGCGCGGUAGCAAACCACAGAGGGCACAAAAACCAGCUAAAAAAAAACAUCCAAAAGUCUUGGCUGAAACGACCCCAAAGAUAGAAGCACGAACAGCCCAGGGCUUGAUUGACCAAAGUAGUUCCCCCCAAAGUGCACGCAGGAAGGAAGUUAGGUUGGAUGGACGAAGUUCGUUUCCAAGGUGUUCCCAUCUACCUGUGUCUGAAGACGUCCGAAUGGCAGAUGAGCAGAUAAUACCUAAAGACCACACAGGUAAAGGUAAAUGCGAUAUUGACAUUCCGUUACAUCUGCACCAUGCACAUGUCUAA